UAAUUUUGCUUGGGCAUAAAAUAACCUAAUGCUAAUAUUUGGGCACUAUUUAUUUUUCACCACCCCAUUUUUAUAUUUCCGACACCAAAUGGCUCGUGGCAACACCGAGCGCAGGUCGCGUCGCUCCGACGGCUUCUCCCGUCGCCGCCGACGCUCUGACAGCGGCGACAAUGCUCAGUCUGGUUACAAAGACGAAGGUGAUGGCUCUGACGUCGAAAUUAUCAGUGACUUCCGCUCCAAACGCGAGCUAGAGACUGCGCAAGACGAGGCCAAACUUUCGCCCGACGAGCGCGAGCGUCUACGCGAUCGUGAGGAGCGCGACGCCUUUGCCGAACGGCUGCGUCAACGCGAUGAGGAACGCACCAAACACAAGCGCAAGGCCGAGGAGAUUGAGGGCCGCGGUGGACUCACAAAGGACGAGAUCAAGCAGCUCGCCAAGCGAGGGACACUUGACGCCGGACAGAGCGAAAAACUUAACCAAUUGAGGGAACUCAGUAGACAAGAGUACCUUAAAAAGAGGGAGGAGAAGGAAUUAGAGCUACUCGAGUUCCAAUUAAGAGACGAGGACGUGCUGUUCCAAGAGACCAAAAGGUCCAAAAAGGAACAGCAUCAACUGGAACUUAAUAAGAGGAUCUUAGAGACAGCCAAGGCCAGAUCUAAGAAAGAAGAAGUCGACGGGUAUCAGAUUCCAGAUUCCUACGAAGAAGUGGACGAUGAGGGCAAUCGAAUCCGGAAGAAACAGGACCUUUUAACGGACAGAUACGAAGAGGAAGAAGUGGUCCAUACUGAGCAGGAAGUAUGGGAAGAAACGCAGGUGAAGAUGGCUACCAGUAGAUUUGGAGCCAAGGAUAAACACAAGGAGAUACAGGAAGAAGACGAGUUCGUAUUCGACGACCAGAUAGAUUUCAUCUCGCAGCAGAUGUUGUCGGGACAUCAUGUGAGUGACGAAGAUGUCCAAGAGGCGAGGAAGAAGAUGGAACAGGCCAAACAUUUGAGUAUCCAAGAAGGAAGGAAACAGCUGCCAGUGUAUCCGUAUCGAGAGUCUCUGUUGGAGGCGAUCCGUAAUUAUCCAGUGAUUAUCAUUGAAGGAGAGACCGGAUCCGGUAAAACGACGCAGAUCCCGCAGUAUUUGCAUGAAGUUGGGUACUCGGAACUCGGUAUUAUUGGCUGUACACAGCCUCGACGUGUCGCUGCGAUGAGUGUAGCAGCUCGAGUGGCUCAGGAGAUGGAUGUGAAAUUGGGUAAUGAAGUGGGCUACUCGAUUCGUUUCGAGGACUGUACUAGCGACAAGACAGUGAUCAAGUACAUGACAGAUGGCAUGUUGCUCCGAGAGUUCUUAACUGAACCUGAUCUCAAGUCCUAUAGCGUCAUGAUCAUCGACGAAGCUCACGAACGCACGCUUAGUACCGACAUUUUGUUCGGUCUGAUCAAGGAUAUCGCUCGGUUCCGUGACGAUAUCAAGAUCAUUGUGGCUAGUGCGACUCUGGAUGCCACCAAGUUCAGCGCUUAUUUUGACGAUGCCCCGAUUUUCAAGAUCCCUGGGCGGAUGUUUCCUGUGGAUAUUCUGUACACGAAGGCUCCCGAGGCGGAUUAUUUGGAUGCUGCGAUCGUUACAGUAUUGCAGAUCCACAUCACCCAACCACUUGGAGACAUUCUCGUGUUCUUUACAGGUCAAGAAGAGAUUGAAGCUGCAGAGGAGAUAUUACUCCAAAGAACUCGCGGUCUUGGCUCUCGAAUACGCGAGUUACUCAUUCGACCGAUCUAUGCGACGUUGCCUUCCGAACGUCAAGCCCAAGUGUUUGAGCCAACACCGGAAGGGGCUCGCAAGGUGGUUCUAAGUACGAAUAUUGCCGAGACCUCACUGACCAUUGCAGGUAUCUGCUACGUGAUCGACACGGGCUUCUGUAAACAGACUAACUACAAUGCACAGACUGGAAUGGAGUCGUUAUUGGUGGCUCCAGUCUCACAGGCUAUGGCCAACCAACGUGCGGGACGAGCCGGUCGUACAGCUCCUGGCAAGUGUUUCCGUCUGUACACGGCGUGGUCGUACAAGAACGAGUUGGACGAGAACACCGUGCCAGAAAUUCAACGCACAAACCUUGCCAGUGUGGUGCUGCUUAUGAAAUCGCUCGGAAUCAACGAUCUUCUCCACUUCGACUUCAUGGAUCCUCCACCAGAAAAGGCACUUAUUCGCUCACUUGAACAGCUUUACGCUCUUGGGGCCUUGAAUGGUUUAGGUGAGUUGACAAAGCUGGGUCGUCGCAUGGCUGAGUUCCCGUUGGAUCCCAUGAUGUCCAAGGCGCUGCUUGCUUCGGAGAAGUUUGGCUGCGUUGAAGAAGUGAUGACGGUCUGUGCCAUGCUAAGUGUGAACAACUCGAUCUUCUACCGACCGAAGGACAAGGCAGUCCACGCUGAUAACGCGCGUCUCAACUUCGCGCGAGGUGGCGGUGGAGACCACAUCACGUUGAUGAACGUCUACAAUCAGUGGGUGGAGACGAACUAUUCGACGCAAUGGACUUACGAGAACUUUGUCAUCAUGCGUUCGUUAAAAACUGCUCGAGAUGUUCGGGAGCAACUGGAAGGUCUUUGCGACCGCGUGGAGCUUGAGCGCACUAGCAACCGCAGUGAUCAUGAGCCCAUCCGUAAGGCUAUUUGCGCUGGUUACUUCUACAAUACUGCCAAAUUGGACAACUCUGGACACUACAAGACCGUGAAGAAGGCCCAAUCUGUGCACAUCCACCCGAGCUCGUGCCUUAUAAAACUAGAGGAAGUCCCGCGUUGGGUGGUGUAUCACGAACUGGCCUUUACGACAAAGGAGUAUAUGCGCAAUGUGAUCCCCAUUAAGUCUGAGUGGCUGAUGGAGCUUGCACCGCAUUAUUAUAAAACCAAGGAAGUCGAGGACGCUCGCACAAAGAAGAUGCCCAAGGCUGUGGGUAGAGCAGGUUAACUUCUCGUUAAUGCGCUUGUGAAUAGUAAAUCUACCAGUUCCUAACCAGCUCGUCUAGUGAUUUGAAUCGUGGAGCCACUUAAACUGAAACGUAAAAUCUGUGCCUGUAGCAGGAAUAUGUGUGUUAACGAUAAUCUCAUUUCUCAAAGC